UAGCUCUAGUCAGCAUCUCCUCACACUCCUCCAUACUAAAUUCACACUACACUAACUCCUCCACUAUACCCAAAGCUCUCACCAUUUUCUUUCUCUGUAAACAUUUCAAAAUUUGCCAAAAAAUAAUGAAACUCAUAAUGCUAAAUAGUAUAAGUAGUAGUAAUAGUAGUCGUAAAUUGGCCUCUUCAAUUCAAUUCCUACCUACAUUAGUGUUCUUGUACUUGCUUUUAUUAAGUCUUGGUGUUGCUACUUCCACCUCACUUCCUCCUUCAGGGAGCGAAAAUGAAGAAACUUAUCAUGUUAUAAAAGAUGGAAGAAGAAGUUCAAGUUUUGGUUCUAGUAAGAGUAGGAGGAGUGUAGCAGAGGGACCAGUUUAUAGUAGUAUAGGAAGAGGAGGAGGAGGAGGAGGAGGAGGAGGAGCUUAUGAUGGAGGUUAUGGGGGUUAUGGAGGAGAUACUUCAUUGCUUGUUUUGGCACCAAGAAGAACCCACAGAAAAGAUCCUCUUCAUGGGUUUAACUACUAUAAUGGUGGUUGGAAUAUUAGUGACCGCCAUUACUGGGCUUCAGUGAGUUUCUCGGCUGCACCAUUGUUCAUCAUCUCCUUAGCCUGGUUCACUAUAUUCGGCAUAUGUCUAUUGAUCAUUUCGCUCUAUCAUUGUUGCUGUCGAAGAGAUCAGCACAUUGGAUAUUCACCUAUAGCUUACAUCCUGUCUCUCGUACUCCUAACAAUCUUCACGCUUGCAGCAAUUAUCGGGUGUCUUGUUUUAUACACCGGACAAACAAAGUUCCAUCGCAGCACUGUAUCCACACUCGACUAUCUAGUCAGUCAAGCCGAUACAACUGUUUGGAAGCUCAACAAUGUAUCGCAGUAUCUUUCCUCCGCGAAACAGAUUGGGGUGCAGAACAUUUUCUUGCCUUCUAAUGUUCAAACUGAUAUCGAUGAAGUCGACACGAAGAUAACUGCUUCCUCAAGUUUUCUAGAUCAUCAGUCUACUGACGCUGCUGGUGACAUACGCGAUGUAUUAGAUUCGGUGAGGCUUGCACUCAUCAUCGUUGCUGCCAUCAUGCUUUUACUUGCAUUUUUAGGAUUCUUGUUCUCGAUGUUUGGCAUGCAAGUUCUCGUCUACACGCUUUUGGUUUUCGGAUGGAUUCUGGUGACCGGAACUUUUAUCUUGUGCGGCAUUCUCCUCCUCUUCCACAACGUAGCAGCAGAUACGUGCAUUGCUAUGCACCAAUGGACCGAGAAUCCCACAGCUCAUACAGCAUUAGAUGAGAUACUUCCUUGUGUCGACCCAUCUACUUCGCAGGAAACCUUGACGCGCAGCAAAGAGGUUACUACUCAGCUAGUAGACUUGGUUAACUCAGUUAUAUCCAAUGUCUCUAACAUCAACUUUGGUGCACAAUUUAAACCAUUUUACUACAAUCAAUCUGGUCCUUUAUUACCCUUCAUUUGUAGCCCCUUUUCGCAUGACUUAUCAAACCGCCCAUGCUCUCGUGGUGAGAUUGACUUGAAUAAUGCUACUCAGGUAUUGGGUAGCUAUGUGUGCCAAGUAGAACCAAGUGGUAUAUGCAUCACAACAGGGAGAUUAACACCAGCCAUGUAUAACCAAAUGGUUACUGCACUAAAUGUGAGCUACGGCUUGUACAAUUAUGGACCGGACCUAGUUGCAUUAGAGGACUGCUCGUUCGUACGAGAUACAUUCACAGGCAUAUACCGGGAUCAUUGCCCUAGUCUUCGGAAAUACAGUAGAUGGGUGUAUUCGGGCCUUGUUUUGGUCUCGUUUUCAGUCAUGUUUUCUCUCAUUUUCUGGGUCGUUUUUGGUAGGGAACGCAAGCAUCGGUUGUAUACCAAACGAUACUUAAGGGAAGGUCGUUAUAAGAAACCUUCAAGGAUGGAUUACUAGCUAGUAAUAAUUCUAUAAUUAGUUUUGCUUUUAUUAAUGGAAAUUGUUGUAAUUCUAAUACUAUUGCUAUUCAAUGUUAAGUAAGGCAAGAUGAUUCCAAUAUAAAGCUAAGCCAGUAUGAGUAUAGGACAAAAUUUAAAAAAAAAAAAAAUACUACACUUUUGUUUCUAUUUGAAGUUUUAAUUUUUCACUUUACGCUGUUCCAUUU